ACCCAAGUAUUCUGAAAACCCCAAACCUCCAAACCCAAGCCUUAUUACCCAUUCAAGCACGAGCCGAAAGUACAUCAACAUGCCUUCCACGGUGGUGAAACCUCAGCCGACGGCGGAAGUAGGCGACGGAAAUCCUCCGGAGGAUCAUGAAGGAGCGGAAGAAGGAGGAGUUAUUCCGAGCGGCGUCACCAGCCACGUGUGCAUACGGCCGGUGGACACGGCAGGGACGCUGGAUAAAGAGGCGGUGCUGAGGCAGAUCCGGCAGCGGAAGCGGAUGAAUAGAGUGAGGGGAGCAAUCCACGGUCUGUUUGGGCUCUCCCGGCCCAAUAGUAACAAAGACGACAAGUCCAACGGUAGGCCCAAAUCAGUUUGUGUCGUCAAGUGGGUGGACGACGCGUUUGCUGCCCCCUGAAAUUAUCAGCUAUGGUUGCUUAUGAGAUGCCACUAAAGACUAAACUAACUA